ACCAGAUAAUCCUCAGCAGUGUUUGUCUCCAGUAGUUAGUCCAAUGUUGAUCCACCCAUGAAACAGUAUCGUUUCUGGAGGCUUUACGCCUACUGCAGCGGCAGAAGCAGGAAGUCUGGAAUAGAAUAGAAUGAUAGCUAUCACUGUCUCUAGAUAGUACACUAACUAUUAUCAUAGAAUAUUUAUGGUUGCGCCAUCCGGCUCUAGGCAGUUCCGCUCCUACUGGCCGUAUUAUGCCCGAGUUUGCUUCAUGUGGACUUACUAUUUGCAACCUGGCUAGUCUGCUAACCAUAGCAGGAGAUGAGUGGUAAUGGCCUGCAAGAGGGAGAUCUCACAUGGGUCAGGGUCUCCUCAAAGUGAACUGUCCGAGGAUGAAUUUUUCUUCAGAGGUCUGAAGUCAGUCCCUCCCUCAGGUGUCAAACAAGACUGGCAAGAAUUACUUGGGCCACAAAUGCAACAGCGCAUCAAAGAGGAGGAGUCUGAAAUUAAAGUCACACCCCUUCUAAUACCUAUAAAACAGGAGACAGAUGACAAGGUUCCUGUCUGUAAUCCAAUAAAACAUGAGCCUAACGAUCCGUCCAGUGAGUCACGCACAGACAGAGAGGUGGAAAAAGCAAAGCUGAAGGAGGAGUGUGGAGAAGUGUCACGUCCAAAGCCUCAGACCGUCUCUCAUCCCUUCCCAGCUGCUGGGUCCAGGCCCGAGUGUAGGGAGAAAGAUGAGACCGAACCGGAGUCCCAGAAGAACCAGGGCCCUGCAGACUGGUUAGCUCCUGUGGAGGACGAUGGGGCCCUGGAUGAGUGCCGGCGCCGGCGCCGACUGGGCUUUGAGUCUGUCUGCCGAUCCCUUUUAGCCGUGCGGGCCUCUGACUCCGAGUCGGACGACAAGGAAGGGGAAGAGGACCCCAGUUUGGCCCCUGCCGACCACCAGACCCACCGGCGAGACCCAGAUGGCAACAUCCGCUCUCUUCGCUGCAGCACAGGAGCAGAAAAUCACCAGGUGGAGCUAGAGGCAGCGUCUCCUCAUCACCGAAACACAAAGAAUUUUGCCUGCCAAGAGUGUGGGAAGACAUUCGUAUCCCGCCGCGACCGGGACCGGCACAACCGCACUCACAGCGGUGAGAAGCCGUUCUCCUGCCCCCACUGCUGUAAAUCCUUCAGUGAUUGGGGCAACAGGUGUAAACACAUGCUCAUCCACUCUGGAGCAAAGCCCCACCUCUGUCCAGAAUGUGGCCGGGGCUUCUCAGAGAGGGGCAAUCUCAGAAAGCACAUGGAUUACAUCCACAGCAGUAUACCCAAGUCCCAGUGUAAGGACUGUGGAAAGAGCUUCACAGGUAAACGAGGUCUGGACCGCCACAUUAAAUCAGCAGUCUGCUCCACAAUGGGUCCUGUAAUAGGCAAUGUUGGGAAGAAGUGAACUACUUCAAUUAGUAAUUUUUUUAAUUGGGUGGAAGUUUAGCAUAAUUCAAAUCCUGGCAGUGUUUUCAAUAGUUUAUAAAUGCUAUUGUCAAUUUGGAGUAGAGUUAAGUUCUAAUACUAACACUGUUUUGGUGGUAAUGGUUGGGUUUGUAGCAAAAUCUCAGUUCUGGUGACUUUCUAAGAGGACUUUCUAAGAGGAAUUUUUUGACAACAUUUUAUCAAAAAGUGUUCAGUGGAAUCAUUGUUUUAGCAUAUCCUGUGUUAGGGAGGAUUUAUUUAAAGGUAAAAAGUUGAAUAAACAGAGAGAAAAUUUAAACAUAACGAAAAAUAGCUCAUACAUGAACUAAAUACAAUAUGAUUGAUGGGGUCAGGUUUUGUUCCUAUUGACUCCGAUCAGUAGCACUGUUGUGAUUCUGUAAAUGUUGUGAAUCAUUUCAUUUUAUCUGGAUUUAAGUGACGAUGAAUGAUUUAAUGUUUGUCUCCCUGAAGUGUGCCUUCCACUGAGUGCCUUAUGUGCCUUAUUCAAUGCUUUAUGAGUGGGAUUAUCUGUCUUUCAAUAAAUACGUAAACGUC